GCGCACGCAAGCGAGCAGUUGCCGAAUCACAAAUGCGGAUCUCAAGAACAUAAUGCACACAGGAUAGGUAUUAGCUCGAGUGUUGUCUGUUUACGUACGUAAUGUCUAUCCCUCUCUUUUUAAAUGUCAUUUUGGUAAUCGCCGGCGUUGUCAUGGUGAGAAGUGAAAGGCAUGAUAUUUAUGGGAAGGAGCAGGGGGGCAUUUAAGGCAGCUGCGACGGUCGGACAGAGCUGCGUCCUCUUCCCGCCGUGUAGCUUCUCGUCAUGUGUGAAGAUUGCAAAGGAGACGAAGAGCUGCUAGGCGCGUGCACUGAGGACAGGAGAGACAUUAUGGGCGCGUCGGUGGAAGUUCUGGAUGAAGACGCGUCGUCGCUGCGGGCGAUGGCAUCUGCGCCUCUGUCAGGCAGCGCUGUGUGCGCGAGCUGCAACGAGGAAAUUGUGGAUAAAUAUUUAUUAAAGGUUAACGACUUGUGCUGGCAUGUGCGUUGUCUCUCCUGCAGCGUGUGCCAGACUUCACUUGGCAGCCACGCGAGCUGUUACAUCAAAGAAAAAGAAGUUUUCUGUAAACUGGAUUACUUUAGAAGAUACGGCACGUGGUGCGCGUGCUGCGGCCGGACCAUCCACUCCACGGACUGGGUCCGCCGGGCCAAGGGCAACGUCUACCACCUGGCCUGCUUCGCCUGCUUCUCCUGCAAGAGACAGCUGUCCACCGGGGAGGAGUUCGCUCUGGUGGAGGAGAAGGUGCUCUGCAGGGUCCACUACGACUGCAUGCUGGACAACCUCAAGCGGGCCGCGGAGAAAGGAAACAGUGUUAACAUGGACGGGGCUGUACCCACUGAACAGGAGAUCAACCAGCCAAAACCCUCCAAGAGAGCUCGGACCAGCUUCACUGCCGACCAGCUGCAGGUGAUGCAGGCCCAGUUUGCUCAGGACAACAAUCCAGACGCCCAAACGCUGCAGAAACUGGCGGAGCAGACGGGCCUCAGUCGAAGAGUCAUACAGGUCUGGUUCCAGAACUGCAGAGCGCGCCACAAGAAGCACGUGAGCCCCAACCACACUUCCAGCAACCCCCUGACCUCCCUGCAGUCCAGCCGCCUCUCGCAGCCCACCCCGACCCCCGAGGAGCUGCAGUACACAGCGUACGGAGGCCCGGAGGGAUCAAUGCUCUCUGCACUACACUCCUUCAUAGACAUACACUCCCCUCCAUCCAUGUUUCAACCGCUGCUGCCAGCCCACGCCAUGACCUCCCUGCCUGUGUCUCACGCCUGAGCGCCGCCCCCCCACACACACACACACACACACAAAUCAACCAGCGGUCGUCCUUAGCAGCAGCAGUAUUCAGAUCUCCACAUUUCCUUUACUUCAACUGUCAGUAAUUCAUUAAAUGUUGACAUUCUUUGAAAACACUAAAUUCACGGUAGAUCAUAUAACGGAGGACUAUUAUUUGUUCUGUAUAAUGUGGAAUUGGAAAGGUUUUAUUGUACCUCAUUGGAUUGUGACAUAUAACAUUAUAGAUUUAUAUUUGUUUGUGUAGUUGAUGACAGUUUGACCGUGCUCCUCU